AUGCAUGGUAUACGAGUAUUCAUCAAUGUACCUCGUUGUUGUUGUGCACUUGACAUAGUACCCAGAAAGUGUACAUUUGUACCAAAUUCAAUGAGUUCGCUCUCAAUUGUAAGUCCAGAACGUAGAAUUGAAUUAAAUCCAUUCGAUGUUGAUGCAUGGAAUCUACUGCUUCGAGAGUCGCAGACUAGACCUAUUGAUCAAGUGCGUUCGUUUUACGAAAAGCUGGUGAAACAGUUUCCAAAUGCUGGCCGUUACUGGAAGGCAUAUAUUGACCAUGAACUCCGUGGCAAAAAUUACGAAAAUGUGGAAUCUUGCUAUGUUUUCUACGUACGGGAAACUAAGGGGCAUCUCUCGACAUUCAGGGAAAAGAUGGCACAAGCGUAUGAAUUUGCUUUGGAUAAAAUUGGUCUUGAUAUGCAUUCGUUUUCAGUUUAUUCUGAUUAUCUGUCAUUUCUGAAAUCUGCGCCUACAGUCGGACAAUAUGCGGAAAAUCAACGAAUUUCAGCUGUUCGUAAAAUUUAUCAGCGUGGUGUGGUCACACCAAUGGUAAAUAUCGAACAGUUGUGGGCUGAGUAUUGUGCUUACGAGAAGAGCAUCAAUGCCACAUUAGCGGAGAAGUUGAUAGCUGAACGGAAUAAAGAAUAUCAAGUCGCCAAGCGUAUUUCAAAAUCACUGGAGCAAAUUACUAGAGGAUUAAAUCGGCAGGCAGUAAGUGUACCACCACGAGGAACUGUAGCAGAAAUGAAGCAGCUUGAGAUGUGGCGAAAAUAUAUUCAGUGGGAAAAAAGCAAUCCACUAGACACAGAAGAAUAUGCCUAUUUUGCGAAAAGAGUAAUAUAUGCAUAUGAGCAAGCUUUACUAUGUCUUGGCUAUUAUCCUGAUGUGUGGUAUGAAGCAGCAUUAUUUCAACAACAAGCUGCUAAUGUUCUAGCCGAAAAGGGUGAUGUUAAAUUAGCGGCUGCAAUAAACAUGGAUAUAACCCAAUUAUUCGAACGUGCCAUCGGUGGUCUCUUGAAAGAAAGCCAACUUUUGUUUUUUGCAUAUGCUGAUUAUGAAGAAGAACGAAUGAAAUUCGACAGUGUUAAAGAAAUUUAUGAUCGGCUGCUGGCUAUUGAAUCAGCUGAUCCUACUCUGGCAUAUAUACAGCUGAUGAAGUUUAAAAGACGUACGGAAGGAGUUCAGUUUGCACGUGCAGUUUUUAAGCGUGCACGUCAAGAUUCACGCUGUAAAUUUCAUAUUUUCGUUGCUUCUGCUCUAAUGGAAUACUACUGCAGCAAGGACACAGAUAUUGCAAUACGUGUUUUUGAUAUGGGAUUGAAAAAAUAUGCCAAUGAGCCGGAAUAUGCUCUCGCUUAUGUUAAUUUUCUAUCACAUUUAAAUGAGGACAACAACACGCGCGUCAUUUUCGAACGAAUAUUAACCUCAGAAUCGAUGACACCAGAGAAAUCUAUUGAAAUCUGGGAUCGUUAUUUGGAAUUUGAGUCUCAUGUUGGGGACUUGUCAAGCAUUUUGAAAGUUGAUCAAAGACGACGUGAAGCACUGAAACACCAGUGUGAGGAUAUGCAAACGUUGUUAUUAAUUGAUAGAUAUAAAUUUUUGGAUUUGGUCCCAUGUACCAAUGAUCAGUUGAAAUUGAUGAGUUACUCGAAAAAAUUAGGACAAGUUUCAUCGUUGACUGGACGUGUCUCCAUCUCUGGAUCUGCUUCUUUGUCAUCAAAUGGCAUCCAAACAACUGCACAAAAUGUGAUUAGACCAACUAUAGCGGCAGGAGGGCCAUCAGUUGUAAUGGGAGGUGGUGUAAGUUUGGAAAUUUCUGGUUACCCAAGACCAGAUACAGAUCAAAUGAUACCGUUCAAGCCAAAGCUAACAGUAGCUGCUAGUUAUCAUCCAGUUCCUGGAGGUGUAUUUCCUCCACCGACUGCAGCUGCCCAAUUAAUGCAAAUGUUACCACCUCCAUGGAACUUUUUUGGUCCUUUUGUUUCAGUCGACUUAUUGAUGGAAAGUUUGACGAAUUUCAAUACUACUGGACCUCCAGUAGUCGAUCUUAAAGUAAAGGUCGAAAGCAGUGGCAAGUUUGGAAUUUAUCGGGUAGAAAAUAUCAAGAAGAGCUUUUACCAACUCUUAAAUAUGACUGCAGAUCCUAGCAUUGCUAUGGCAUUGAACGAUUAUCAACUGCAAAAUUCAACACCUGCACAAAGAAAGAGACGGUUUGUGGGUGAUGAUUCGGACAGUGAGGAUGAAGUUCCUCGUGCAUCUAAGGUCGUUAGAGAUAUUUAUCGAAGAAGAAUGAAUCAGAAAGUGCAUGAAUAAUU